UAUUGGUUUGGUGGAGCUGUCGCAUGGUCUUGAGUUGGCCCCACUAUGAAGUCCUUCAUAAAUAACAAUUAUUAUUUUGAUGACGUGGCAAUGUGUUGAUUGGAAUCAAUAGAAUCGAAAAAGAAGGAGCAGAAAAUACGUCAGAUAAAAAGCAACUAUUGCUGGAACCCUGUGCAAAAAAAAAAUUUAAUAAAAUAAUUAAUGUGUUCUCACAAGCACUUAAAUGAGAUUCUCCCACCUUUUUUAUGAUGACUUCAUUUAUGGAUGAACAGGCUCGACACCAUAAGAAACACUAAUACCAAGACAACAAAGAUAUAGACUGAGGUCGAAAUAAAAAGAGGUUUUUCUAAAAUAUGAAACAAUCUUGACAGCAUUUGUUUACUGAACAUCUAGAUUCUGUCUAUAACAAGGACAAGACCUAGGGGUACUAGUUUAGUAUUAAUACUAUUAAUAGACUAUAAUUUAUAGAUCUAUAUCUAGAUCUAUCUAAAAAUGGCUCGAACUGUAAUAAUUGGCAUAGAUCACAGUGUAUACUCAGAACAAGCUUUUGAUUUUUAUAUUGAGCAUGCAAUGCUAAAAGGAGAUAAAAUUGUUUUGGUCCAUGUAUCAGAAUAUACAUCAUUGGUUCAAGCUCCUGCAUUGUUAACAGAUCCUGUGGUAGUUUCUGAUCUAAUCAAGGAAGAAGAGAUGAAAGUUAAACAGCUUGUUGACAAGUAUAGUGAAAAAAUGAAAAAACAUCAUCUUGGUGGAAAGGUGAAACAAAUGGCUGGAAAGAGUGGUGAAGCUAUUAUUGCUGCAGCUAAAGAAGAAGAAGCUGGACUUAUUGUAGUGGGCACAAGAGGCAUGAGUAAACUACGUAGGACAUUUGUGGGAAGUGUGAGUGAUUACGUUUUGCACCAUUCUGAUGUUCCUGUUCUCAUUUGCCGUACUUCUCAACACUCCUAAAAGGUCUACAAUGUACUUGAAAUGAUCUGCUUGAAAUAAGUCCAUUAUAUUAUUUCUAUAAAAAGAUUUUUUAAAUUCAAUUUUUAUACCUAUUUUAUUCAAGAAAGGUGCUAAAUAAGUUUGAGCAAAGAAUGUACAGAAAACUCAGGACCAGCUCAGUAUUUGUUUUGGAUGAGCUUAAAGAUGAGCUUUGAGUUUCAGUGAUUGUAGAUUAUAAUGCAAAAUACACUUAGAGUAAGAUCAAGAAGUGAAACAAAGCAGUUGGUCACCACAAACUGUUUGAUGUCUCUAGCAGUAUUUAAAUAGUUUGUUUCCUAUCAUGCUUUGCAUAGUCAAGUAGAUUUUUUUUUUUUGGUUUAAAUUUUAUAUUUCAAUAUAUUUAUUGAUAUAGUGUCAAUCAUUGAAUUUCAUCAAAAAAACUAAUAGUAAUUUCAAUUUUAUAGCUCUAUUUUUAGCAGCCAAGAUGUGGGCUAAUGGUGCUUUGAAAACUAUCAUACAUAUGUGUAGCUCCUUUUGUGUUGAGAGAUUAUUUAUAUGUCCGCAUGUAUCACUGAUUUAACUGCUUUGCAUUUCCUCAUGGACCUUAGAUAAACAGAUCAUAUGUUUUCACUCUUGUUUGGGAAUGCUAUAUAUUACAUUUAGCACCAACUCAGUUGCAAGAAUAUUUUAGUCCUAAUGACUAAGAGAUUAACUCUUGAAGCCUAAUCUUGGCAAGGCAGCAGAGGUUUGUACUUGCUUCUUAGAUAUAGUGCCUUACCAGGCUGAUGAGCUCCAUUUGCCUGAAGCUACAGGUGUUAGAGGCACCUAGUAACAACCUUCACUCAUUUACCUGUUCGUAAAAGCUAAAGCAAACUAAUCUAAGUAAAUAUUCAGAUUCUUGGAAUUCUCUAUACUUUUAAAUGUAUCAUUCAAAUGUGAAUUAUUAUGAUUUCUUUUUAUCAAGUGUCUAUUGAGCCUCAAAACAAUCCUUUGGGUUAUUUUUUUAAGGUUUUUUUUUUAAAUUGGUUUCAUAGUGUUUCUUUUGGCUAAAAUUAGUAUUUACUUUUAUAGUUGUUUAUGUAUUUAACUAUGAAAUGUGUUCUUCUACCAUAGGAUCUGUGAAUUAAAUAUCUACUUUAGUUUAUCUGUGCUCUCUGGUGUCAUUUUUAAGUCCCCAUUAAUGCUACAAAUGUAUUUGGUUAGUGAGUAUUAAUGUAUCUCAGUUGUUUUAGUACAUGACUUUUUGUGGGGCGGCUGUUUUGGCUCAUUAGAUCGCACAUUCUACCCUGUUUGGGUAGAGACAAUUCUCGAAAACAGGUCUAUUUUCAGAAUACAAAAAUAAAAUUUGAAUUUGGCUAGAGGACUAGACAGUAUUUAUCUUGAACAGACUGUUUAUUUUCUGGUAUUUCUACAUUAAAGAGCUUAAAAAAUUAAUGCUUACCUUUUGCGCAUCUUCUCAUAUGUUUAGAUCUAAAGGCCUAUCAUUAGAAUAUUAUAAAGUCUAGUGUGUUCAGUUUUUGAGAUCUAAACAUGCACUAUCGAAAAUUUCAUUUUAUCAUCGGUAUGGUGCUAAAAAUAGAUCCUGUUCCUUUGGGUUUUCAAUGAAGUUUUUUUUAAUAGUCAAUUCUUUUUUUUUUUUUUUUGAUAAAGCUGAUGACUUUUUUUUUCCCAGUUCAUUAUCCCCCCCCCCCCCCCCGAAAAAACUCUGGUUAAGCCCAUGUAUAAAUGUACUCAGAGUAUAUAAAAGAAUGUGAAAGCUUUUAAGAGACAUUGUAAAAAAAUAGAAGUCAUAUUUGUGUUCACACUACUUACUGGUUUACCAAAAACGUGCAUUUUUUAAAUUAAAAGUAUGGUAUGUACAUUUUAUAUACAUUUUUUUAAAGAUUUAUUGUUGAAUGUCGUUAUCUAUCUAUUCGUCUCUGCCUAAAUGUAUGGGCCUAUAGAGAUGCGAAUCAAACCCAACUUUUCAGGUUCGGUUCGGUCAGAUCUAAAGUUGUUGUUCGGUUUGAUGUUAUGAAAUGAGAUAAUACAUAAAACUAUAUACAUGUAAUUAUGUUCAAUUCAAUUUAUUACAUAAAACAGUGGUGACCAGACACCUCAUCAUACGAGACAUUUCAUCAUUAUAGCAAUUCAUCAUUAUAGUAUUUCAUCACCAUAACAUUUCAUCAUUGCAUUAAGUGCAUUUUGCAAACACAAGUACAUGUGGGUGUAAUUAAGUCAUUAACCUACUGAGCAAUGUUGGCAACAUGUUGAAUCAGUUUGCAGUUUUAUUGCACAAAAAUGGAAAACAAAUUGAAGAGGAUUGGGAUGUCAAGUAAAUGUGUGUACAGGUCAUGAAAUUAAAGGACAUAGUGGUUUCACCCAUUUUGGUUACUUACCCUGUUUACCACGUAAAGGACUCCUGUAAAAAAAGGUUAUUAAUGAAAAAUAACCUGACUGACUAGAUUAAGUUUUGAGUUUAUGGUCUGCUACUACAGAUUAGCUAAUUUUCUCUAGUACUUCAUUGUAUUCUCUUCAUUGUAAUACCCCUGAAAUGUUGCAAUGAUGAAAUGUCAGGGAACCUAAAACAGUGAUGCCAUUUUUAAUUUCCGACACUCGUGUCGCGACCCAUAUAACAGAAAAGAUUAUAAAAAAACAACAACAAUAUUGCACUUAGAAACCCGUGGAAAUAGUACUUCUAUUAAUUCAUGGGAUGUCGGAAGUUCGCUAUGACAUACAUCCAUACUUCUGGCGGUAUCAGUAGUCAUACCCACUAAUUUCUCCCUAAGAAGAGAAGAAUCCUCCAUGAUGUCUAGAACUUCUUUGGAACAGGUCUUUGCCAGUGGUAGCCCAUGCACGCUCCAUAUGGCAGCUAUCUCUUGUAUGGUUUUAGCAUUGCUUUACGUACCGCGAAUAAGUACCAAAACAUGAGCGGUAUCUGAUUUGUCGGCGGUAUUAGAACACAUCUAGAACUCUGCUGAUCUAUCUCUUAGUUUAAAAUUAAGAUUUCUAAUUGUCAUGCAAAAAAGGGUGGCGGCUUCAACUGCAUUCUUAUUUUCAUGUCACAUUUCUUCUAUCAUUGAUAGUAACCCCUUACUUGUAAGUAUUCGCAGUUGAAAACAAGGCUUCAUUUCACUAUUUAAAAUGUGAGCAACUCUGUAGCAUGCCCUUACCGCCGACUCAGUUUCUUGUCCCUUCUUGGUAAAUAGUCUCGACAAUCCUCUAAUCUCUUGGCGUUACUAAGCAAUCUUUUCUUCGCGGCUCAAACUAGAAUGACGCCCUAUUUGUUUAUGUUUUUGAUUUCACAGUGCUGGUGAAUGUUACGUUCUAAAGAAACCAAAAAAAGAUCUGUCCAGUUGUCAGAGUCUAUAUUUGUUUCUUCGAAUCUCCCAUUUCAUGAACGUAGAAAUAUUCAAUGGUACGUCCCCUUCGCGUUGAUACCAAAAGAAAACCCAAAAUGUUGCAGAAAAGAUGCACACACAAGAUGUCAAGGACACGACUCUAAACAGCAGCAGAAUUUUCAAAAGUUAAAAAAAUUUCAAGAAUUAAAAAAAAAAGUCAAAUCAUCUCGCUGAAAACUAUAUAUUUUUUUCUUACAAGAAUAUCGCAAAAUCUUGAUUUAGUUCGGUUAAGCUAAGAACAAUUCGUACCGUUCAGUUUUUAAAGUUCGGGUUCGGUCGUAAGUGUGGUUCGGUUCGGUUUGUGUCCCAUCUCUACAUGUAUACUGUAGUGCUACUGGCAUCAUUGAAUGUGAUAGCAGGCAAUCACAUUUUAAAUGUACAUUUUGUGUGAAGGAAGAUUGUGCUUGUUGAUAGUUUGUGAUUCAUUCUGUCUUACAUCCAACCCUGAAGUUUUUGUCAACCCAAAUAUACACUUCAUUUCUAAGAUGCGCAAGUACAAAUAAGUCAAUUGUCAUAUUCAUCUGUCAAAAAAUAUCAAAACCAUCCCUUUGACCUGCAUUGCUUACCCAACAAAAUAAAGGACCAACUGCAGCUAAGAGUUUGUGUGAAAACACAAUUAUUUAUUGUUGUAUUUAUUAUUAUUGCACUUGUAUAACAUGUCUUUCGUGCUUUAGAUACUCUGUGCUCUUUGGUUCCAUCUCUUUUUUUUUAUAACUUGAAAGGGGAGGGAGGUAUCUGGACGUUUUGAUACCUUUGGAUGUUCAACAAACACAAUUCAGCUUGAGUCAAAUCUUCAAAUGGUCUGUUUUGGAAUUCAAAUUCUGCCUCCUCAUUUGGUACCCGCAGUCCAGCAGUUUAUGUCACUCAGCCACACAUAUAUUGUGAUUUAAAAGUGGAUUUAAUUCUGUUAAACUUUUGAAAGAAAAAUAUUUGAAAAUAGUUUUAGUUAUAAACAUAGACUUAAACAUACAUACAGGAAAUAAUAAUGACAAUGCAUUCGAUUUCGAAGAUUAAGGAUGAGUGCAGUGUUUCACAUGGCCACGUAAACCCAUAAGGAUGAGUGCAGUGUUUCACAUAAUCACGUAAACCCAUAAGGAUGAGUGCAGUGUUUCACAUGGCCACGUAAACCCAUAAGGAUGAGUGCAGUGUUUCACAUGGCCACGUAAACCCAUAAGGAUGAGUGCAGUGUUUCACAUAAUCACGUAAACCCAUAAGGAUGAGUGCAGUGUUUCACAUAAUCACGUAAACCCAUAAGGAUGAGUGCAGUGUUUCACGUGGCCACGUAAACCCAUAAGGAUGAGUGCAGUGUUUCACAUGGUCACGUAAACCCAUAAGGAUGAGUGCAGUGUUUCACGUGGCCACGUAAACCCAUAAGGAUGAGUGCAGUGUUUCACGUGGUCACGUAAACCCAUAAGGAUGAGUGCAGUGUUUCACGUGGUCACGUAAACCCAUAAGGAUGAGUGCAGUGUUUCACAUGGUCACGUAAACCCAUAAGGAUGAGUGCAGUGUUUCACAUGGUCACGUAAACCCAUAAGGAUGAGUGCAGUGUUUCACAUGGUCACGUAAACCCAUAAGGAUGAGUGCAGUGUUUCACAUGGUCACGUAAACCCAUAAGGAUGAGUGCAGUGUUUCACAUGGCCACGUAAACCCAUAAGGAUGAGUGCAGUGUUUCACAUGGUCACGUAAACCCAUAAGGAUGAGUGCAGUGUUUCACAUGGCCACGUAAACCCAUAAGGAUGAGUGCAGUGUUUCACAUGGUCACGUAAACCCAUAAGGAUGAGUGCAGUGUUUCACAUGGUCACGUAAACCCAUAAGGAUGAGUGCAGUGUUUCACAUGGUCACGUAAACCCAUAAGGAUGAGUGCAGUGUUUCACAUGGUCACUUAAACCCAUAAGGAUGAGUGCAGUGUUUCACAUGGUCACUUAAACCCAUAAGGAUGAGUGCAGUGUUUCACAUGGUCACGUAAACCCAUAAGGAUGAGUGCAGUGUUUCACAUAAUCACGUAAACCCAUAAGGAUGAGUGCAGUGUUUCACAUAAUCACGUAAACCCAUAAGGAUGAGUGCAGUGUUUCACAUGGUCACGUAAACCCAUAAGGAUGAGUGCAGUGUUUCACAUGGCCACGUAAACCCAUAAGGAUGAGUGCAGUGUUUCACAUGGCCACGUAAACCCAUAAGGAUGAGUGCAGUGUUUCACAUAAUCACGUAAACCCAUAAGGAUGAGUGCAGUGUUUCACAUGGUCACGUAAACCCAUAAGGAUGAGUGCAGUGUUUCACAUGGCCACGUAAACCCAUAAGGAUGAGUGCAGUGUUUCACAUGGUCACGUAAACCCAUAAGGAUGAGUGCAGUGUUUCACAUGGUCACGUAAACCCAUAAGGAUGAGUGCAGUGUUUCACAUGGUCACGUAAACCCAUAAGGAUGAGUGCAGUGUUUCACAUGGCCACGUAAACCCAUAAGGAUGAGUGCAGUGUUUCACAUAAUCACGUAAACCCAUAAGGAUGAGUGCAGUGUUUCACAUAAUCACGUAAACCCAUAAGGAUGAGUGCAGUGUUUCACAUGGUCACGUAAACCCAUAAGGAUGAGUGCAGUGUUUCACAUGGUCACGUAAACCCAUAAGGAUGAGUGCAGUGUUUCACAUGGUCACGUAAACCCAUAAGGAUGAGUGCAGUGUUUCACAUGGUCACGUAAACCCAUAAGGAUGAGUGCAGUGUUUCACAUGGUCACGUAAACCCAUAAGGAUGAGUGCAGUGUUUCACAUGGCCACGUAAACCCAUAAGGAUGAGUGCAGUGUUUCACAUGGUCACGUAAACCCAUAAGGAUGAGUGCAGUGUUUCACAUGGCCACGUAAACCCAUAAGGAUGAGUGCAGUGUUUCACAUGGUCACGUAAACCCAUAAGGAUGAGUGCAGUGUUUCACAUGGUCACGUAAACCCAUAAGGAUGAGUGCAGUGUUUCACAUGGCCACGUAAACCCAUAAGGAUGAGUGCAGUGUUUCACAUGGUCACGUAAACCCAUAAGGAUGAGUGCAGUGUUUCACAUGGUCACGUAAACCCAUAAGGAUGAGUGCAGUGUUUCACAUGGCCACGUAAACCCAUAAGGAUGAGUGCAGUGUUUCACAUGGUCACGUAAACCCAUAAGGAUGAGUGCAGUGUUUCACAUAAUCACGUAAACCCAUAAGGAUGAGUGCAGUGUUUCACAUGGUCACGUAAACCCAUAAGGAUGAGUGCAGUGUUUCACAUGGUCACUUAAACCUACUGGGGGUCUAUUUAGUUUUACGUCUUCUGCGCCUUUAUUCUCCUUUGAGCCUCCAAUAAUUGUUCCGCGGGCUUCGUGAGAACUAUCGAGCUUUUUCAGAGCCCAUUUGCUGCCAGCUACUUUCCUUUAUGCCAAAGAGGGCAAAAUGGCGCCUGGGUUGAUCUUUAUAGCGCUUACGGGGGCAUUUCUGUUACGCCGCCACCCUUUAAACACGCCAAAAAGAUCGCCUUUGUCAUGCUUUCGAUCUCCAUGCAGUUGUCGAAUGGUAAGCAUAAUGCUUCUACACUGUCCACACCAGCCUCCAGUAGAGCAUAAUUAUUUGUUAAGAAGUCCUAUCAGCUUAUACCCAUUAUGGAACGCGGGCACCUUUGAUUGAAGCUUUCAAGGAACCUUAGGUGCCUUCUAUAGAGCACCCAGGUUUCAGAGCCAUAAAAAAGUGUGGUGAGGACUACUGCUUGGUAGACAAUAAUAUUUGUAGGCAGGCAGACCGAUUUAUUCCGUCUCAUUCUCACUUGGAUGCAUCCGAAAGCUCUACUUGCCUUAGCAAGACGGUUAAUAAUUUCUCUUGCAAGUGAUGCUUCUAUUGGAUACCGUGCUCCCCAGAUAUGUAAGGUGGUCCACCACGUUGAGGGGUAUCCAUUCUCGGUGAUCUUUGGGGCUGAGAAGAUUGUAUUAGGUGACUUCUGAAACAUAACUUCUUUUUUUCUGAGGUUUGUUGUUGAACUAAACAAGUGGCAGCGUACAUAAAAUCUUAUACGGCGAGCUCCGGACAGUUAAUAAAAUACCGGUACUUUAAAAAAUAACUGUUAUAUAGAGCUCUGCCUUCGUGGGAACUCGAAAAUGGCUAUAAAAUCCAAUCCUCGCUUUUAAAAGCCGGCCUUCACAUAGCUCCUCAUAAAGAAUUUUUUUUGGGAAAGCAAUUUUCUGUCAAAUCAUUAAUGUACUAUUAGCUAAGUAAAUAUUUAAUGUAUUCAUGCAUCCUAGUAUUCUAUAUGUGCAUUUUUGUCCUCCAUUUAUCCCCUACAUUAUAUUGGCAUGGCUUCUAAUUAUAUGAGGCAUUAAACAAAUAUUUAUUCUUAUGAAAAGUUGCAAUAAGUAUUUUUUAAAAGUAUUAUAAAUGUGUGUUUUCUUCCUUCAAAUUUUAAACACAUGAAUAUUUUGACUUUUCUGUACAUGUACUGCAUUUCUCGCACAUCUUUGUGUGUUUUAGCAAUUUGUUAUUUGCUUCCUCAAUUAUUGUAUGAUUAAAACUUGAAAGAAAUGUAAAGCAAAUGUCAAUCAUUUCCCAAAUUUUGUUCCCAACUAGAGAAGUUGUUUGAUUAAAUAGUAUGAACUUUGUUUCGAAAUAGCUUACUAUCUAGCAUAUACGAUAUACGUUUUACAUAUAUGAAAAUAAAUUGUAUUUCUUUGAA